CACUGGGUUUCCGGUUUAGGUAAUGGGGUGGAUAAGCAAAUGAAAGUCUGGUCAAGAACAAAUAACUUGCUUGUUUUCCCUCUAGCAGGGCUGUGGGCAGCUCUCCGUGACCAGGCUGCAGGAGAAGGUGACAACCUAUUUUAAAAAGUCUCAUUAAGGGGCUGUGCUGCUGUGAAGAAAGCCUGUUUAAGUAGGUUGCUGUAUCUCAUGCCCCACAAAUCUGGAUACUUUGAAAACAUUUUCAUUCAUUCAGCCAAUAUGUGUUGAGCAUCUCUGGUUUAGGUACUGGGGAAUAUGGUGAAUUAGAUCGAUAGAGGUGGUACUCUCAUAUUCUAGUGGUGGAAGGCAUAAUAAAAAGAAAAGAAAAGAAAAGAAAAUUAGAGACAUGCAGGGGCUCCCUCAGGUUGGGUGGUGAAGAAAGGUCUCAUUGAGGAGCCAUAUUUAAGCUGGAUAAGUUAGGGGAAGAGCUGGAGAAGAACUUUCAGGCAGUGGCAGCAGCCAGUGCAAAGGUCCUGAGGUAGGAACAACUGGGGUGCAUUAGAGGAACAGGAAGGAGGCUAGUGUGUCAGGAGAUGAGUUCACAGAAGCAGGGUCUAGUUCAUGGGGGGUCUUGGGGGUCUUCCUGUGGAAUUUGGGUUUGAUACAGAGUUUGUUGGGAGCCACUAAAGGCUUUUAAAUGAGAGAGUGACAUGAUUUAAUUUACGUUUUCGAAAGAUCACCCUGGCAGCACUACCGUAUGCACUACCUUGAGUCUUCAUCCGUUAGAGUGUAAAAUGAAAUGUAGUGUUUAAGAUGGAGAGAAAAUGCUUUGUGGUUUCUAAUGUAGCAAUUAAAUUUAGUGGUUUCUAACGUAACAAUUAAAUGUAGGUAAGGACAAACUUGCAUUUCCAGUAUGAUUCCAGUUUUGUUUAAAAACAUGAUAUAGAAGAAUAAUGGAAAGGAAUGGACUAAAGAUGUUAACAUUGCUUGUCCAAAGGUGUUGGUGUUAUGGAUGAUUUUUUUUCGAAAACGAGCACACAUUUCUUUUAUAAUAAGAAAAAAUCUUUUUAAAAGGUAGACACUGAUGGCCACAAAUGUCUUGAAUGGGGUGUUGUGAGACUGUAUCUACUAAACACUUUUUUCCUACUAUUUUAUGUCAGGAAAUUUUAAUAUCAAAAAUCCAUGGUCCUGUUUUGACAGAAGAUAGGAUACUUAUUUUGCACCAGCUGUCCAAUGGGUGGUUCUUUGUUUCAUGCUUAAAAAAUAUUUUUAGUUAUGAAAGCAAACAUUCCUUUAAAAAAAAACAAAACAAAUUAAGGCAAUGUAGAAAUGUUAUAUAAAAAAUGAAAGCACCUUUCCGUACUCUCAUUCCCCAGACCAUUAACAUUUCAGUAUGCGUAUUGUUAGAUUUUUUCCUAUGCAUUUCAAAUACAUACAUCUAUAUUUUGUUGAAAGAUUUUGGAAUAUUGUCAUAACAAGUUACCCUCUCUAAAUUACUCUUCAAAAAUCCUUGCCCUAUAACUUGAAACCUAGAUGGCCUUUUUCCCCCCUUGAAACAAAAUUGUUAGGAAACCUAAACACCUAACUGAGCUAGAAGAAACUGAAUCUUGCCUUUUUAGUAUUCCGAGCGUUCACUGAAAGCAUACUUUGUGUUUAUAAAGAAUAGAGCAAUUAAAUAUUGAUUAAAAGUUCAUCUCUGAGCAUUUAAACAUUAUUGCUGUAGUAUCGGAGCCCAAAAGUUGGUGUCAUGUUUAUAAAUCACUUGCACUUUUUCAUUAACAAAAGCUAGCCGGUGUGAAAACUGAGAAGCACAAAUCAAGGAACUUAGCUAAUUAUUUUGGUGACAUAUUUAUUACAACAGAAUAUUAUCCUUUGAAAACAGGAAAAAAGAGGCAUUCACUGAAGUGUUACAUGGAGCCAUUGAUGUGUCUGGAUACCUGCGUGGUCUCGCCGUGCAGACUGGGUUGGGGGCUGAAGUGUCAGGAAUGAAGGGCCACAAACUCAGUGUUAAUGUCACUAAACAGUGUUGGAUUGGAGUUUCAUUACGUGAUUCAGCAAAAUUGCUACCUUUCCCAUCAUUGCUUUAAUUAAACACAUCCUUUCUUGGUGAAGAGAAGAGCGAAUACGUGCUUAGAAGAGAUGAUUGUAAAGUAAUAGAACCAUGGAGUUGAAGAGGGAGCAGGGCCCUUGGUUAUCUCAUUUUACAGAUGGGAAAAAAUGAGGACCAGAGAGAGAAAUGACAUGUACUCUCAAACAGAGCCAAUUUCCCCACCCCAGCGCCUCUUCUCUACACUCAGCAGUGGCUGUGUUGUUAGAAAAUGAAUUUAUUUUGGUAAACCCAAGAAUUAGGAAAGCAUUCUGAACCUGAUGAAAAAUGGGAGGGUUUUUGAGCUGUUCAUUCAUUCUGUAAAGUGUAAUCUGUUUGUGUACUGAUAACAGGCCUAAUUACUGUGUAAACAUUUUUGUAGCCUGGUAAGGAAACCUCAAACAUCUGUGCUGCACAUUGAUGCAGCGUCUCAGCCACCAGCAUUCCUACUGCUUGUUCUUAAAACCAGUCGCUCUGUUAUUUAAUCUGGUCUAUGGUUGAUGAUUCAUUUUAUACACAGACACAUAAACACACAUUCCAGAACCAGCAGGAAGUGACAACUAAUAAUAGCAAACUUGCACAGUACUUACUGUGUGUCGUCAACUCUCUGAUUAUUAGUAUUUCCCCCAUUUUACAGAUGAAGAAAUGAAGAUGCAGCAAGAUUUGGUAACUUGCCCAGGGUCCCAGGUUAGCGUGUGAUGGAUGGGAACUGCCACCACCAUCAUCUCAAUCCGGAGGCAUGUGACUCACCAGCUAAAAUCUCCACCUUUGCUUGCCUCUCAAAGUCAAGCAAACUUUCAGCCAGAAAGAUUGGUAUCUGACUUUAUGAAAUCAAUUUAACUUGUUAAAUCACUUGUUGUUUGGGCAAACUCACAGAUGUAGAGCUGCAGAGAGUUCUCCACGGGGACUGCGUUUCCAGGUCUCUUUUGUGGGUUGCCCCAAUCCCGUCCCCUCAUGAGUCACUUGGUGGUAGCAGGUCAAGGAGAGAUCAUCUGCCCUCAGCUGAGCCUAGUGGCUCUCUUUUCACUGCAAGACCCAACCCUCAAGUUAGUUGCAUGGGCGCUCACCUGCUUCUGACCCCUAGUAGAUUCAAAUACUGUGAGCUUCCAGCUUGGCUAAUAGGUCAUCCUAAUAAAUACCAAAGUUCUCUACUUCUCACACCCAAAGAGAUAAAAUGCUUCUUUCAAAAAUCCAGAAGUACAGAAUCUGUGGAACCUUCAACAGGCAGUAGGCAACAGGGAAGCAUCACAUAAUUAAAAAGGAGGGGAAAAUAAGUGCAGGCGGGUACUGUCAAUGGGUCGUCACUCAGAGAUCUUAGCUAGCCUUAAAUUAUUAGUUAUGAUGCAUGCUGACUCAGAACCUUAUAUACCAGAAGGGACGAAUGCCAAGGAGCAUUUGCCACGGACUCUUCUGGCUCCCUCAGUUUUACCUCUGGCCCCAGGAAGUCCAUGUACUUGGAGAUCCCUGCCUGAAAGAUGUUGCUGAAGAAGGAAGUUCUGUCCUCUGCUUUGGAACACUGCAGUUGCCAUGAGAGACAGAGAAAGAAAGAGAGAGAGAGUGAGCCAGUGCUGACAGGUAGCUUUUUCUGGGAGUGGCCACCUCCUGCAGGAGCUUGGAGGCUCCUAGCACUUAUCUCAGACAUGAAGGUAAAUGCAAGAGGCAGGUACCAGGCCAUCAUCAGUUAGAACUCCAGCAGGCGGGUGGCCUUGCUCUGCUCUUGGGAAAGGUGAUACAGACCCUUCUGUAUUUGUGUUUUAGAACCUGAAGUGGAGAAUAUAGUUCAAUGUUUUUCAAACUUUCCUGCACAUUAGAAUCUCCUGGGGAGCCUUAAAAAAGUCCCAAUGCCCCAUCACAUCCCAGACCAGUGACAUUGGAAUCUUGCUGGGGUUGGGCGGGCACCAAGCCUCCUGAGUGAUUCUACUGCACAGCCCACUUUGAGAACCAGGGCUCUAGGACAGGUUUUCUCAAAUGGGGUGCCUGCAAAUCACCUGGGGAUCUUGUUCAAAUGCAAAUCCUGAUGCCUGGGUCUGGAGCAGGCCUAGAGCCUGCAUUUCUAAGCAGCUCCAGGCACUGCUGCUGCUUCAGGUGGGCCACACUGGGAGGGCAAGGCCUAGUUCGGAGAAUUAUGAUCCUGACUUACUUGGCAUCACGUGGGGGUCUUCUGCAACCAUUGCCUUUUUAUGAAAUUAUGGCAUCUUUGGCUCAUUCAGAGUAGGAUUGGAGAAUAGGGGGCCUAGACCCCUCUCCUCUGUAUAUAUUCUUAUAAAGAAUAGAGCAAUUAAACAUUCAUUAAAAGUUCAUCUCUGAACAUUUAAACAUGAUUGCUCUGGUGUUGGAACCCCAAAAGUUGGUGUCAUGAUUACAAAUCACUUGUACUUAUUUGUCCUUUGGGAUCCAGUGCAUUCCCCUGUCCCUGGUCAGCAUUUGCAGAGUCAGAAUCAGAGGGUCGGAGAGCUGGAAGGGACCUUAGGAAUUAUCUAGUCUAGACCACUCAGUUUUGGAGAGGAGGCAACUGAGACCCAGAGGGAUCUGUCCAGAGUCACAGAUCAUCAGGCCAGGGCUGCUAUGGACUGGAGACCAGGAGGAUGGAUGUGGCAGGAUGAGGCCUGGGGAGAAGAUAACCCCCCCAUGCUGCUCCCAGUGCAGGGGAAUCACAAGACAGGCAUCCAAAAAGACUGCAGGUUUAGUCACCUUAAAGGCACCUGUGAAUUGAGAGAUGUUACUGUUAAUUAUACCUGUGACUUUCCAUCCCUCCCUCCAGCCACCCCACCAGCUUUAGUUAACUACGCAGAAGCUUGACGAAGUUCUUCACUUCUGCGGUUGGAGCCGACACCUUGACAGAUGUUCAACAGCCUGUUCCCAGGGAGAAGAUGCCUUUCCACCAUGUGACCGCUGGCCUGUUGUACAAGGGGAAUUACCUCAACCGCUCUCUCUCUGCUGGCAGCGACAGCGAGCAGCUUGCUAACAUCUCUGUGGAGGAGCUAGACGAAAUCCGAGAGGCCUUUCGGGUUCUGGACCGAGAUGGGAAUGGCUUCAUCUCCAAGCAGGAGCUGGGAAUGGCCAUGCGCUCUUUGGGGUACAUGCCGAGUGAGGUGGAGCUGGCCAUCAUCAUGCAGCGCCUGGACAUGGACGGGGAUGGCCAGGUGGAUUUUGAUGAAUUCAUGACAAUUCUUGGCCCCAAACUCGUGUCUUCAGAAGGUCGCGACGGUUUUCUUGGAAACACAAUAGAUAGCAUAUUCUGGCAGUUCGACAUGCAAAGGAUCACUCUGGAAGAGCUGAAGCACAUCCUCUAUCACGCCUUCCGGGACCACCUCACCAUGAAGGACAUUGAGAACAUCAUCAUCAACGAGGAAGAGAGCCUGAAUGAGACAUCAGGGAACUGCCAGACAGAGUUUGAAGGCGUGCAUUCCCAGAAACAGAACAGACAGACCUGCGUCCGGAAGAGCCUCAUCUGCGCCUUCGCCAUGGCCUUCAUCAUAAGCGUCAUGCUGAUUGCGGCAAACCAGAUCCUUCGGAGCGGCAUGGAGUAGCAGCCUCCCCACACCGCGCUGCGUUCCCAGCUCACCGCGCAUGUGCAUGCCCUGCGGGCAGACUCUGUUCCUCCACAAAAGCGGAUAUGAACGAUGACGACGUGGCAGAGUUCAGUGAAGAACCCAACAUUGCAGUGCAACCAGUGUUGCAAAUCAACUUCAUCUCCUUGGCAGGGACACAAAAGGGCUGUCUUAAAUGCUUUAAUGGUUUUGUUUCCUAAUGCAAUAAAUAGCCAGGAGUUCCGAAUGAUUGCUUCAACCACUUGUAGGAACUCUGAAGAAAACUUCAUUUUCAUUUCGGAAUUCCAAUGGCCAUCCAGGUUGGUGGUUUAAGAGAGCACGAGAGAGGUGUGAACACACAGUCACCUCCAUGCCCCAUACUUUCAACCCAGGGCUCAACUGGGGACCCCCUCCGCUUCCCCGACCAGGGCAACCCUCAGUCCCAAGAGGCUGACUUUGGGUUGUCACAGAAGAGGGGGCUUUCCAUCCUACCCUGGCUUCGUUCCUCCACCCAGUGGAGCAGCCCCCCAAGGCUUGAGGGGAAAGCCAUUGAAUGGGGUGCAGCGCCUGGCGGUCUGCAAGUUGCACCCACUUCGCUUCCAUUCUUACUGCCUUUUCUACAGGACUCUUGUUGGCAGAGUUGGGGAGCUCUCGGUUUCCGUUGGCACUUGGCUUUCUGUUCCUAGAGCCCAUCACGCACCAGCAUUUUGGAAUCUGCGGAGAGCCUUCCUCCCAGCUUUGCCGCCUGUGCUGCCAUUAGAGAAAAAAGAAGCAUAAUCAUGGGCAUCUCAGAAACAUAGACACAUAGACACACAUAUAUAUUUGGCUUCUUCGUAUGUGACAUCGUUCUUCCCUAACCACUUACUCCUGCUGAAGGCUGUCCUCUGACAUGCGUCUCUGCCUCUUUGGGGCAGGCAAGGUAGUUUAGGGGACAGGGAGGGACUGAGACUGGUGAUGCAGAGGCAUUACAGCGUGCACCCCAGUGAUCCGGAGUAAUGGAGCCCCAACACAUCUCCAUGCCGGAAGACCUCUGUAAGUUAAGGUCCUCGUGCAUCUUACCUUUUUCUCAUCUUAAAGUUGGCUUUGUUAGUCAGUCUUCCCCGGAGCAAAAGAGACAUGCAAUCCGAAGCAGAAAGAUGGAAAGAUCAAACUACGUACUGUAUUUUACAUAACAUCUUCUGGCAUUCAGAUUCUGCAACUGACUCAUUUUCACGAGAAAAGAAAAAAAAGAUGUUAAUAAGCUUAGCCAACACGACAGGUAAUUUACUCCUGCCUGCAGAAUACUUCUGUUGGGGAAGGGAAUGGAAUCUACUAGUCCAUUGUCAACACCAUUUCAAGUCUGUAAUCUGACUUUUCCUAGAUGCCGUAUCAGCCACCACUAUGAAUUCAAGCUUGCAUAGUCUGCUUAGUCGAUAAUCUUUUGAUGUAAUAUUUCCCUUUGUACUUUUCUAAGCUCAGGUCUUUAUUUCUGUAAUGGAAUAGUCUUGCUCCUGUUUUCUUUCAAUCGCAUCCUAAAGCUAGAUGCUUUUCCCUUCUCCCUUUUCGCCUUUCUUCCAGUAUUGGGGCGCUAGAAUCUUUCCUCUUUCACGGCUGCCCGGUAGGUUUUUUGGUUUGGUAUGUGUUCCUGGGCCCCUCCUCAGGCCUCACCUCCCUCCCAGCUUUCUCCUUCUUGCCUUCUCAGACCUCGUGUAUCCAAGGUCUCAGCUGAGGGUCUUCUUCCAAUUCACCUCUGCAAGUGCUUCAGGCAACAGCCUGGGGUAGCUGUAGAAACUUCCCCACUGUGGGAGACUGCAAAUAUUCAUGAUGAGCACAAGCAAAACUAGGGUUUGAGCCAUAGGAUGGAGGAGGGAGCAGGCGUAAUCUCCCGAGAGCCCAGGGGGCUGAGAGUCCCUCUGUGAAAAUGCCUGGGAUCCUGCACAUCCAGGCCAAAUGAGGCAGCAGCCCCCCGUCCCUCCUGCCCGCCCUGCCCUGCCAGAGAUCACACUGCACAUCUGCCUCUCCUCUCGCCCCUUGCCUGACUCACCACGGUCCCUCAGGGUCAGAAUCCUAAACGAGAACAGUACAAAUGCAGAAUUCUAAUACAUGGGACAACUUCGUCGGUAGUUUCUGCCCAAAGCAGUUUGCCCUCCCUCUCUCAACUGGACUUGAGUGGGAGGGACCCCCUGACCCACUAGACCAUGUCCUUCUGGGGAGGGGGUGCAAGACCCUAAAUAGACUGAAUGGAGACCGCGGGGCUGAUUCUUAAAGGACCCUGCCCCAUGAGAGGGGAGCACAAUGCUGCAGGUGAGGCUGAACUUCAGGGCAAAAUUGUGUACUUCUUCAAAGGCUGCUAUUCUGCAAGUUCUUCUGCCCCUCACUGGAGGACGGGGACCCUGAGGGAUGUGAGGGUUAGACUUCACUGGAAAAGAAAUUAACCACUGUGCAGGGGUGGAGAUUGAAAGAAGUUCUGGAGAGGCACCAACAGCCUGUUCCAUACAAAGGCCUCAGCAUCCUCUCCCUAAUUAGGACCCUUUUCCUCUCUCCCAGGGACCAGGAAGCAAGCCCAUCCUACCCAGGAGAAAGUCUAGGAGAAUGAGUCCCUUGUGGAUGUUGCUAGGGAGAGAGGGCAAGAAGGAAGCACAGAAUUCUCUUUGAUGGGCUAAAAGUGAUCCUCCUACCAUGGUAACCUCACACGUGGCACCCAGGGACUGAAGCAUGUGGAGAUGUCAGAGAGCUAGUGGCGUUGCUGAGACUCUGGGAGCUAAGAGCUUGUCCCUGUGACUGGCAUCCUGGCUGUUUUGCGUGGAUGGUCUGUCAAAGGUUAAGCUUCUUUGUAAGGCUUAAGAUGCUGAUUUCCCAAGCCCCACCCCAAUCCCGUCCACACCAGUGCUACUCCAGGGCCCCAUGCCAGUGAGCACCCUUGCCAAAGGGGUUAUGAUGCUCAUGGAGGAAGACUCCAGAAGGUCCUGAUCUUCCAUGCCCAAGGUGUACCAUGUGGCCCUGGAUGGAGGUAACCUCUGCAGGGACCAAGCAAGAGGAACCCGACUCUCGCUCUGUCCUCCCGGUGAUGGACUUAGGAGUGAUUGGCAAACCAAGCUUGGCUCAUUCUUGUUGCAGGAAUGGAUGCCUGCAGACCACACAAGUGAUGAUCAGGGAGGCAUUUUGCUUGGAAGACAAGAGAUGUAGACCCUGAUCCCUUCCGUCCCCAAAGAACCUGUCUCCUAUCACUCCAGAAGGAGACAGAGUCCCCAAAACCAGACCCAGCAUGGGGACUAUUAGCAGUGGCUUCCAGAAUGUGCGUGGGUCCCACGUGACCAAUCGGUAAAAAAAUGGAUGUUGCCAUGACAACCCUUGCAUUGCACCCUGUGUUUGCCAAGGCACACAAAAAUAGGGAACAUUUUCUUAAAGAACGUUUGGGUUCCGCCUGAUUAUAACCUAACUCCUGGCAUCCAUAUCCCGCUGCUGGAGGAAAUUACCCUAGAAAAAUCCAGUGAUUUCUCUGCCUUUUCCUCUGGUGUUUGAACUCGUCCUUCCAUUUGCUCUGGAGAACAGGAGCUACCUGUGAGCCAGGUGGUAUGCUCUCCACCCCACCUUCUCCACCUCCCAGGGUCCAGAGCAAGGACAUCUUAAUGUGGGCAAAAUGGAAGAAAUGUCAUCUGGAAGGCAAAAGAUAUUUUAAGCCUCAAUCUUUGAAAGCAUGUGUUUGCCUAUGGAGAAGCUGUCCCACAAGCCAGAAAGGUGACCUUCUGAGGUGAACUUCUGAGGUGAACUGAGGUCACGUGGUCUUAGGCAAGCCCAGUGGUUUCAGAAGUUUUAGAUGUUUUAUUUGCAGAGAACAAGAUGUGUACUAUGAGUCUUUUUCUUGGUACCUGCUCCUGUCUCAUAUUUCACAUGACAAAUGGUCUACUAUGUUGUGUUUAGCCGAAAGAACCUAAUGAAAGAUGGCGAGCUCAUUUUGACAAUAAUGCCACUCCCAGCCUCCCAUCCACAGAAUCAUAAAGCUAUGUAUCUAAGAACUGGAGAGAGAAAUUUAUCUUUUAUUCCGAAUGCCUUCUCUAGGCUUAAGUCCAGACUCAGGUCAUAAAUCAAAGAGAGUUUUACUCUUAACCCAUAGCUAGCAGCCUCCCUGGGACAUUAUGAAGGCACGACCGCAAAGUUAAGGGUGUGACUGCCAUGAACAGCUCCUUGGAUUGGCUGGCCUGGCCAUGUGUGGCUGCAUGCUGUGAAAGCCUGUUCUCUUGUGCCCUUGCUCUCCAUCCCUGAGGAAGCUGCUGAGCUCUGCUCCUCCCAGCUGGAGGUCUCAAACCACACUGGGUCAUUUUACUGCACUGAUUAUUUCUCCAAACGCCCAUAGGGAUCAUGUCAUUCACCCUAUUCCACUGAGGUAUAGAGAUGGUCUGGAGCCCCACUGCAAAAAGGAGGGGCCCCUUUUUCUAUAAUGCCUUGAUGAUCUAGAUGGACUGAGCUUAAACUUGUAGACGUUGGCACAUACUCAUUGUAUUACCGGGAGGACUGUAGACCUUCCUUCCCUGGAGAACGUCUGUCUGAAAUGACCUCAGAUCAGAACUUUCUCGUUGGCCUCUUCAGAGAACCUCACGGGGGUAAGCGUCCUUAACCUAAAGGUCUUGCCAUAGCCAUCCUCCUCACCACCUCAUUGCUCAACUCCCCCAGAAAGGAAAAAAUCCAUCAGAAAGAGAAAAGAAACAUUAUUCAGCAGCAAGGGUUUUCAACUUGAAUUAUUUAAAGCGACGGCAAAAUAGAGGAAGGAUUUGAGCUGCCUCUUACCGACCCUGUCUCCACGACAAUUUAAAUGUCAGAACUGUUCAGCUUCACUUCAUACUUCCUUUGACUAAGGCACUCAGGGGACUAUCCUCAGUUAUGUGGCCUUGCUAUGGACGCUUGGUUUGGAGGAAUAAGGUUAAGUACACAAACCAGUCAAGAAUUUCUCUUGGUAUCAUAUGUUCAUUGCCAAUGCACGUGGUCAUUUAACAGCUAUGGUUUCUACUUCAUAUUGGUUUGGGGACCCUCUGUAGAUGUUCUCAAGAGACAUGAUAACAGCGCUCAAAAAGUCUCCAAGGCAAAAUUAAUUUGAUUCAGUUGGUUUGAAAUAUGGCCACAAAGAAUCAGAUUUUGCCAGUCCCACAAAGACUGUCCUCUGAUACUGGACAGGACUUUCCUGGCCUCCUGCCCCUGCCCCUGCCUUGGGUGGCUUAUCAGUUGAGCACAACUCCCAUGCUGGGCAUAGCUGUCGUUCACCCUUUUUCCUUGAUCAUGAUGACUUGGCUUUCAAACCGGUGCUUCUCUCAUUGUUAGACGUUAUUGUCCGGAUGAAAGAGACGCAGAAGCUGGAAUUUUCCAGUUGGUAGAAGAGCAGGAUAAUUAAGAAAGAAUAUUCCAGGGAAUGUAAAAUUCAAGUGUGAUUUUGCUCCAUCCCUGGACCUGAGAGAGAAAAAGAGUUUUUAAAGGGCUGCAGAGGCUGGUUUCUGAACAUUUUCCCUGUAUAGCUGGCCUACUUUGGGAACACACAGUGGCUUGAGUGCCAUGGGGCUGCUGUCCAGCCACCUGAUCCCAAGGAUGUGUGCUGGGAAUUUCAAGAGGAGGCUGGUAGUUUGCGUUUCCUUGGGGGAUGCUGACAUCUGCCAAGCCCAAAAUGCCUCUCUCAGGGCACUCUGUCUGGGCUCAGACCUGUUGAACUGAGGCCAGGAGAGCAGAGCUUAGAACCAGAAGUGAGGGCAGCACUUUCGGCUGGGAAGGGCACACAAGGCAGGACCCCGGUUGCCUCUGCCACCCACCAGCCAGAUAGUUUUGAGUGACUUUCCUUCCUGGCCUCAGGUUUCGCAUCUCUAAAGCAAGAGGAAAGGUAGAGGGGAUGACCCAUAAGAGCCCUCCCAUGGUGAAUCUGUCUGAAACAAGUCAAAGUGAAUGCCCACAUUUGAGAGGGUCCCUAUAUCCUCCUUGAAUUGUGUUAGGGACUGGCAGGUUCUUUUUUAACACAAGUCCCAAGAGGCAGUUGUCAUAAAGUAUCUCUUGGUGUCUAUUGUCUGUGGAUGAAACAAUGCAGAUUGGCCUAUGUCAAAUGUGUCGGGUCUUGCAGGCAAGAGUUUUUGUUUGUUCUCUAAGGUCUUGCUGAUUCAAGGGAGCAUUGAAGAUGGGCUUUGUGUCCUGUGUUAACCAGUGUAAGAAUUAAGGGGAUCUGAUCACCUUACCACAGGUCGUGUGACUCAGAAUUCAUGUAUAAGUAGUGUGAAUCAAAGCCAGAUUGCAGGAAGGAUGCUUGUUUCUCCAUCUGAGAAAGCCUAACUGGAAGCUACUGAAUAAAGAGCACAACUUCCACUCAUUUCUUUCUUUCCUUCCUUUUCUUCUGGCCACUGGAACAGCCGUUCCAGUAUACUCGAUCAUGGUUUGUAAUUAUUUGUCACACUGCGGAAGGAAGAGAGUCAUGAUCCCUGGUGGUUGUCGGGAAUUAGAUUAACAGUCUGGGAGUCCAGCAGCCUGCGAUCGUCCUUUAGAGGGCUGACAAGUGAUGCCGAGCUCAAGUCCCUGUUCUAGAUGCCAUGCAACCAUGCUCAGGGACGGAGAGCAGGAAGAGAGCGACUACAGGAUCCACGAAAGUCUCCAGCCUUCUGCCCCAUAACAGCAUAAAAUCCUAGGUUUCUGUCCUUUUUUCUCCUUCUGAAGUAGACUGAGGUCCCAGUCAUUGUUUUAUAGCAAGGCUUGCUGUUCUUCCCUGGAAAGACCUAGAUUGGCCAGGAAAGGGCCCUCUCAUUCCUGGUAACGCAAGUCAAUGUCCCUCAGCUCUCUCCAAGGAAAAUCAAAGAACAUUCUAUUGUUUUUCUGACCUGAAAAUCGGGUUUCAGGGGUCUUUGAAUGGCUUCUUAGUAGAGUUUGAUUUUCUUUUCCAAUUCUGAAUCUAGGAAGAAGCUAUUUCUCCAAGGACUAACCAAAGAUUCCCUUGGAGGGAAAUCAGACCCAAAAAUCUGGUUAGGGAGUGAGUUGGCAAACUAUCAUCUGUUGCAGGCAGUUGGAGGGGGUCACUGUGAUCUUAGGGAUCCUUAGACUUGAGACAUGAGUUUUUUCUCGAAGCACAGUAGUAAAUGGCUGGAUGCCACUUGGAGCACAGCUGAGGACUGUUCGAGCCAGGAUGGCUGGAGCCGGGCAGCCCUCGUAUCCAGAACGGGCCACGGAGACUGGAAUCCUGGGUCACACUCUUCCCAUUUACCUCAUUCACGUUCCAUUGUUCUCAUUUAGUAUUAGUUGAUGAUUUCUGCUAUUAAGUGAUGAGAGAGUCAGCAGAUUAGUCAAAAGAAAAUCUUUAUAUAAAAUGUAAAUAUUAAUAUAAAUUAUCUUGGCAUGCCACUUACUGAUCCAAUGAAGUAUAUAUUAUAAUAUGUUAUCCUAGUGUAUAAAGGAAAACUGACUGCCAUAUUUACCAGAUGUUUUCUCUAACCAAACUUGUCUGUAAAUAUAUAAUCUGUAUAAAAAAAGAGUCUAAUUUACCAUUAUUUAUGCAAUAGAAAAAAUAAAAGUUCCUUUUUUUCUUUUGACAAGA